AUUGCUUCAUCUUCUACACGCUCCGCAACUUUAUUUCUCCAUUCUGCUUUCUAACAACAAUCCAACGAAACCACACUCCUACUUCAAAUACAUCUAUAUAUGCACUUAUCAAGAUCCAAUCAUCAGUUGAGUCAGUCAGAAUGAUCACUUCUGAACCUGAUGAUUGCAGUUCUAACUCUUUCACUUCGCCAUCUUCUUCACCAGGGUCAACAACUCAACCACAAAACCCUAAAACCAGAUCAGCAACCAUCAAAAGAAGCCGAGACACCAGCACCAAGCACCCAGUCUACCGUGGCGUCCGAAUGCGUAACUGGGGCAAAUGGGUCUCUGAAAUCCGUGAGCCGCGAAAGAAAUCAAGGAUAUGGCUUGGGACAUACCGGAACCCUGAAAUGGCCGCCCGUGCACACGACGUCGCAGCGCUUAGCAUCAAGGGUAACUCGGCUAUCAUCAAUUUCCCCGAUCUCGUUGGAUCGUUGCCCAGACCGGUUUCGUCGUCCCCGAGAGAUGUACAAGCUGCUGCAGCCAAAGCAGCUGCUAUGGACAAGUUUGACUUUCCGCCGGCACCGUCCACAGUGUCGUCAGAGGAGCUGAGUGAGAUUACAGAGCUUCCGAUUCUUGGGCCGAGUGUUGACUCGGCCGAGUCAAGUAAUGAGUUCAUAUACAUCGACUCGGUGGUGGAUGGGUGGUUGUACCCACCACAAUGGAUGCAUAAUGGCGCAGAUGACGACGGUGGGCAUGUUUCCGGUCAGAAGAAUGCGGCUUCCAAUGACUUUGAGCCUAUAUUGUGGAAUUAUUAAGUGUGUUUUCGUGUGUUUUUUGGGUUCUCGUUUACCCUUUUUAAUUAGAAAACCCUUCUCAUAAAGAUAUCAAUAUCAAUCAUCGUUUCAUACCGUUUUAAUU